AUGGCACAGCGGAUCUCCUCGACGCCGUGCGACGCAUCCGGCUGCGAGGCGGCGCCGCUGCUGGACGUCGAGAAGGGCGUACCCGAAGAACACGGCACGGCGUCGCCGGCGGACGAUGGGGGCGUGGAAACGUCCGGCUGCCGGCGCUUUUUCCAGGGGUUCUUGGCCGUUGUGUGGCUGUUCAUGGUGAAUCAGAUGAGGAAAGAUUAUAGCGCCUGCGAUAAUGCCGAAACGAGACCGGUCAUGGCGCUUCUGAUGGUAGUGAUCGCCUUUACUGUUGCCAACGUGUUUCACUUGAUCAGCACACAGCCUGCGUAUCCUCCGGCAUAA